AUGGCUCCAGUCAUCGCUGUCAAACAAGGGCCUAGUGACCCUAACAUAAAAUCGGAAGCAGGUGCCAUCAUUUACAUAAACACUGCUUUUGCUGCUCUUGGUGGUUUCCUUUUCGGCUAUGACUUUGGUGUCACCAGCAGUGUGAUUGAAAUGGAACCUUUUCAACAAUACUUUGCACCCUUGACUCCCGGCAUCAAGGGCGCUCUUAACUCUCUCAUGGCCUGUGGUGCCGUUUUUGGAUGCUUAAUUGCUGGUUGGAUGUCUGAUCGAUGGGGUCGUCGUGAUAGCAUUACACUUUCUGCAUUAUUGUUUAUUGUGGGUGGUGUCCUUCAAACAGCAUCAGUCCAUAUUGCCAUGCAAUUGGUGGGUCGUUUCAUUUCGGGUCUCUCUGUUGGUGCCUGCUCUUUCCUUUCACCUAUGUAUAAUGCUGAAUUGGCACCCAAAGAAAUUCGUGGUCGUUUGGUCGGCUUCCAACAAUUCAUGAUCGAUACCGGUAUGCUUGUUUCCGGUUGGCUAGGCUUUGGUACCAAUUACCUCUUGAGCGAUUGGUCAUGGCGUACUCCUUACCUUGUACAAAUUGCUCCCGCCAUUGUUCUCGCUCUUGCACCUUUCAUUUUGCCUCGAUCACCACGUUGGUUGGUAGAAAAAGGCCGUAUUGAUGAAGCACACCGAGUCCUUGCAAGAAUCCAUGGCAAAGGCGAUCUCAACCAUCCCUACGUGUUGCAUGAAUUACAAGAAAUCAAGGAUAACGUUGAGCUUGAAAACAACGUGGCAGUGGACAACUACUGGCAAAUGCUCAAGGAUCGCAAGAAUAGUCGUGUUCUCUGGGUUGGAUGUUCCAUUGCAGUAUUUCAACAACUCACUGGUGCCAACGUGAUUAUGUAUUAUGCUCCUUUGAUGUUCAAGCAAGCAGGUCUCAAGGGUGACUUAUCUUUACUUGCCAACGGUAUCGAUUACAUUGUCAUGGUCAUCUUUUGUAUUCCUGGCAUGUGGUUGGUCGACAAGCUUGGUCGUGUCAAACUCAUGAUUAUUGGUUCGGUUGGCAUGUGCUGUGGCUUCUUUAUCAUGGCUGGCUUGUAUGGUGGAUGUGGCUAUGUCGAAUGGUCCGAGGCAGACCUCUCUCAUGUGAUUAAUAUGUCUGAACACCCAGAAGCGGCCAAUGCGGUUAUAGCCUUCAUUUUCAUCUUCGUUGCGUUCUAUGGUACAACCUGGGCACCUGUUGCAUGGAUCUAUAUUGCCGAAAUCUUCCCAUUACGUAUCCGUUCCAAGGGUUUUGCCUUUGCCUCAGCUCUUUUGUGGUGUGCCAAUAUCCUUGUUGGUCAAGUAACACCCAUUCUCAUGGAUAAGAUCACAUAUGGCACCUAUAUCCUCUAUGGCGUUAUCGGCUUGAUCAUGUUGGCAUGGAUCAUUCUCUUUGCUCCAGAGCCUAAGGGACUUAGUUUGGAGGAAAUGGAAGUCAUCUUCCAUGGUCCUAUCAUUGUCACCAACCUCGACUAUGAUGCUUAUUUGGCUGCUCACAAGGAAGAUAUCGAACAAAAGCGUGCCGAAGUCGAAGCAGCCGCCGGCGGUAAAUCUACCAAGAUCGAAGCCAACUUUGACGAGAAGGCCUAA